UGCCGAGGGCGCAUCGCCUAAGCACACCAUGAGAAGGAAAGAGAAAAGUUUUUCGUUGACAGCCUCUAGGUGCAUUCUGUUGAUGGGUUUCGUGGGCUACUACUUGAUGGGGGCAAAGAUAUUUCAAGCAUUGGAGAUGGACACUCAGGAAGACUUGAAAAAUACCUUUUGGGAUGCCAGACAAGCUUUAUUGAAUAACUAUGUCAACAUAACUCCAGAAGAACUUGAAAUCUUUUUGCAGAAGCUGAGUUUUGCUGUAAAAUAUGGAAUUAUCCCCGUAGUAAAUGGAACAAUUUAUAUUAGUUGGGAAUUACAAAACUCUUUUACAUUUGUGGCAUCAACACUAAGCACAAUAGGUUAUGGGAUAAUUGCUCCCAGAACUCCUAUGGGCCAGAUAUUCUGUGUCUUCUAUGGCUUAUUGGGGAUUCCUCUAACUAUUAUAUUCCUGAAGUUUUUGGGUAAGGCAAUAUCACAACCAUUUUCAGGACUUGGGACAUACCUUCGGAAUAUGGGACUGACAGAGAGACAAAUUAAAAUUUGCAUAUUCAUCUUUUUCUCGGUAACUGGACUUAUCAUUUUCAUCUUGGUACCACCAGUAGUUUUCAAGUAUACAGAAGGCUGGCCAUACAAUGAAGGAUUAUAUUUUGCAUUUGUCUCCUUAAGUACCAUUGGGUUUGGUGACUAUAUACCUGGUGUAAGUGCUGUUCGGACCUACUCACCAAUGUACACAGUAUUUAUGGUACCUUGGUAUGUCUUUGGUCUUGCUUGGAUUGCUCUUCUGUUUAAUUUGUUUUCAAAACUUUUGGAAAGAACUAAAACAAAUCUCAACUGCAAACGGUUAUGUCAAAAUGAAAAAAUAUCGUCUAUAAAAGCUUCUUUCUUUUUCUGGCUUACGAAAGUACCUCGAACUUCUUCGAGGAAUGGUGAGACGAGGUGAAGCAAAAGAAAAUAAUGUGUUUUCUUUACUAACCUGCCAUGUGAGCCACAUCCAUAGUGACUUUUUGUAAUUCAUAUCUUAUUGUGAAUUAUAAUAAAUAAAAUGCAAAGCC